GACGAAGACGCGACACAACGACGCGCCAUGGCCGACGUUGAACAGAUCUGGGACCUCGACGCGGAGACGGUCAGCAGGCCGCCGCUGUUUUUGCCUGCUCCUGAGGACGAGAAAGAUGAUGAGGAGAUGCCUGACGCGGCGAAGGUGGAGGCGACAUUCAGCAACAUCGAUGCUAUACCAGACAAGGCUCCCGCAAAGGGACCCCAGGCUGCCAACGACCUCGGUGACGACCAACCCAAAGCAAACGAUGGCAAGGACAAAGACAAGGAGGGCAAAAAGCCCAAGAAGAAGAUUGCGCGACUUGACGAGGGUCGGCUGCUCGGCGACAAUGGUUUUCCCCAGCUUAUACGCGAUACCAAAGACUUCAGAAUCCGGGGGAAAGGUCACGAGGAAUCAGACCUCAAUCGCCUGCUCCAGGUGUACCAGUUCUGGACGCACAAGUUAUACCCCAAGACGCCGUUUAAAGAGACAACGGAACGCGUCGAGAAGCUAUGCCACUCCAAGCGCAUGCGCAAUAUGCUCGGCGUUUGGCGCGACGAGGCACAUGGCAAGCCGCCCCCCGACCCAGACGCAGACUUGGAUGAAGACAACGAAGAUAAUCGUCCAUCCGAGUCAGGCCCGCCGUCGUCAGCAGCGCCAACUUCUGGUGUAGAAGACAAUCUGGAUGUUGAGGAAGGGCUAUCUUCACCACCCACAAACAACAACAAAGACGACGACAUCGACUGGGAAGCCAUGGAUCAACUCGCGCCAGGCCAGCCGGCACCGCCACCACCAACAGAGAUCGGCGUUGAUACAGGCCUCCCACCACCAUCAUCCAUACCAGCAGCAAACAAAGUCGCCGACGACGAAGAUAGCCUCUGGGAAGGCAUGGAGAACCUUGCAGGCCUCGAUAUUGAUUAUCCAGCGCCAGCAGUACCCGCAUCACGACCAGAUGGCGACGAAGAGGAAUGGGCACUCUUUGACGAAAUGUCCUAG